CUGGAGAAAACUGAUGAAUCGUAGGUCAUGGCCAUCUCUAUAUUUUGAAUCGAUGAAGACAACGCUUGCGCCAUUCAAAUGAAUGCUCGAGUCGACCACAUGAAAUUUAUUAUGUUUGAUAAUUCACGAUUGAAAUAAACAUGGGCUGGAAUUCCUUCUCAACUUUCGAAAACGAAGUUUCAUUUCAGUCUGAUUGUAGAUGAUAAGCGAAUUGUUUGAAUUGUCGGAGCCAUGGCCUCACCAGUGACAAAGCUAGCAAGAAGUAGACAGUUUCAGUUUGCUUUUCACCAGGCGUUGUCUGCAUUGACAUCAUCCUGUAUGAGUGUGAUACAUUCAGAAGUGCAGAAACUUUCGAGUAGAACUAUGGCAACUCAACAAACGAAACAAGGUGAUGAUCCAAUUGUAUGUCUGGAUGAAGCUCGUCGCUUCAUGGUGGAUUGUUUCAAAGCUGUUGGGUGUAAUCAAAAUCAUGCUGAAAUAGUGGCGGAAAAUUUAUUAGCUGCCGAUUACAGAGGACAUUACAGCCAUGGAAUGAAUAGAUUAGACUCCAAUCACUUCGGCAUAGCGGGGAUCUACAGUCUUCAAGCUAUUGAAAGGGGUUUUUUAGGAAUGAGUUUUACUAACACGUCACCCUUCAUGGUGCCAACUAGAUCAAAAGAGGUCGCUCUGGGAACUAACCCCAUAUCCCUCGGUGCACCAGGACUGAACGGAGAUAGUUUCGUGCUGGACAUGGCCACAACAGCAGUCGCAGUUGGGAAGAUAGAGAUCCAACGAAGAAAAAAUGAACCAAUCCCCAGUGGUUGGGCUCUUAAUAACGAUGGAAGACUCGAAACUGACGCCAACAUUGCCUAUGACGCUGGAAAACUCUUGCCUCUUGGUGGAGAAGAACUGAACUCAGGAUAUAAGGGUUAUGGUUUAGGAAUGAUGGUUGAGAUAUUUUGCGGAAUAUUAUCAGGUUCGAAGUAUGGACCCAAUAUUCGAAAAUGGAGUGCUUUCUCUGAAAUCGCCGACAACGGACAAGCAUUCAUUGCAAUCGAUCCCAAUGCUUUUGCAUCCGGUUUUGAAGAAAGAAUGAGUGAUUUGAUGGGAACGCUGCGAAAAAUGGAACCAGUGAGAAUGAACACUUCCAGUAUGGGAUAA